AUGCUUCAUCAGUACACCGACGGAGUCAAGUGUCGGGUCUUCCUCACCACCCUCUCCAGAUCAGUACAACGCUGGUUCAAGAGAUUGUUGGACGGAUCAAUCCACAUCUUCAAGGACUUCCAAGCGGCAUUCUUUCACCACUUCACCACCAACAGCCGCUUCCAGAAGACGAGCGUGAACUUGUUCUCGCUCAAGCAAGGGCCUAGAGAGGCAUUGAGGGCCUACAUCCAACGUUUCAAUCAGGUGGCGAUGGAUAUCCCGUCGGUCUCCUCGGACGUGUUGGUGAACGCCUUCAUCCAAGGACUCACUGAAGGAAAGUUCUUCCGAUCGCUCAUUUGGAAGUCGUUAAGGGACUUCGACCGCCAACAAAUAUAUCAGCGUGGAAGAAGCCCAGACGGCAAGGAAGAAGGAGAUGCCCGCCGAGCCCAUAGGAGGAUCUGA